GUGUUUUUUUAACGUAAAGGUGGCGUGAAGCAUCAUCUGAUCCUUCCUCUGAGAGCAUCGUCUUCCUCUCUGAGCGUCGUGCAGGAGACCUGCUGUCGACACAGAGCAGAACACAGUGCAAGAGGAGCCUUGCAUCACAACAAAUGUCUCCAAACAACAACAAAAAGAGGAUAAAUUCUUAUGGACUUCAGGACAGAAUUAUUUUUAAGCACAUGGAAUUAUCAAUAAGCAUCUUUUAAAACCAGGUCAUGAAGCCUCAAGAGGCCGAGCUUGUCUCGGAAAUCUCAAAGCUACAAUGCAUGGUGACAGAGUUGAAAAUGGGCUUCACCAGCACCCGGCUGGAGAUCAGCCAGAUCCAACAUGGAGACACUUACCUGAGGGAGGAGCUGGAGGAGAGCAGAAGGAGCUGUCAGAAAAAAGCUCUUCGACUGGAGGUCCUGGUCGAAUCACUGAGGGAAGAACUUGGAGUGAUGAGGGGUCAAAUCGUGCAGCUGAAUAAUAAACAUGGACCUCAGGAGGAGGGAAAGAGUGCCACUAACCAACAGAGAGAAAGCAGUGAUCCUGCAGAAGUAGUCGGUGACCAGAGUCAGCCCAGGUGUCCCCCAGCAUACCUCUCCAGAGGAAAACUGCUUCUGCACUGCUUCCUGCAGGGUCUUAAAGCUGGACUGAAUGAAGGCACGGAUGCUCGACAUCAGGUGGCGAUGCAGCUCCUUCAUUCUGAGUGGGAAUAUGUUUCCACCCUAAAACAGCUGUAUGAUAAGUAUAAAACACCAGCGGCUCACCAGAUGACUGUGGAGCCAUAUCAGACGUACGUGAGGUUUGUGGAGCAGCUGUUGCAGCGACAGAUUCUCUUCAGAAACACCCUGCAGGAGCGAUUGACUGCAGAACACUGGAAGUCUCUGGUUGGAGACAUCCUGGUGCAGCUCAUUGGUCAAAAUGAUACAGCUUUUUCUGACAUGUACCUUGGAUACACAACUACCCUGGCAUCAUUCCUCUCACUGGAGUUCAACAGACUCAAUCAGCCUGAGAAAACCCAUAAAAUGCAGAGAGGUCAAAUGGAGAGGGAAGAAAUGAAACUUCUCUCUUUGUUGUUGGCACCUGUCGCUCGCAUACACAGCUACCUGAGUCACAUUCAGAGCCUGUUGCAGUGGACCGGUAAAGAGCAUCCUGACUGCAGCCUGUUGUUGGGAACUGAGCGAGCACUGAGGAGCAUUUUGUCCCAUUGCCAUGGGAUCUUGGAGAAAGAUGUUCGAUGGGAGGAAGAAGCAGAGCCUGGACAAAGCAGUUCUUGUGACGCUGUGGUGGCUGCGUCUUCUGGAAACUAUUGCACAAUGAGCCAGCAGACAAGAGACAAGUCAAAUGCUGCUGCUCAGAGAGAUUUCAAGCCGACUGUCCGCCUAACCAAUGGCCUGGAUGCCUGCCACUCAAUGCGCCUGGAGUGCUGGUCCUGCAGCCCAGUGAGGAGGAAGGGCUGCAGAACAGACCAAGCUGCUCUGAGCCAGCCAGCCUAUGACUGUGGCCAUGCACACUGCUCUCUCAUCACCCCAGAUAUUGCAGGAUGGGGAGAGAACAGCGACUCAGGACAGGGCACCUUCAGCCAGCUCACAGGGAAAUGCACCAACGAACUGAAGGCUUCACAUGUGAACCAUGGCCUUGAGGACUGUGAGACAGACCCCGAUGACACUUCAGCUUUCGACUACUCCUCUGUCACCUCCUGCAGCCCCGAUGACACCCUGCGCAGGGAGAUGAUAGAUAGCAAUAGUGGUGAGGAGGAAGAAGACAGCCAGGUGCCUGUGCUGCUUAAGCCAUCGUACAGCCUACAGCAGCAGGAACAGCAGUCCAAGGAAUCUCCCAGAGAAAGAACUGUGUGUCUGAGGUGGCAGAUUCCCAGACUGACCCCACAUCCUCCUCUUGGGAACCCUGCAGGGCCGUAUGCAGAUGGACCCACGCCGUGUCCCGUCAGCUCUUUUGGGAAAAGAUUAGUCAGCGUCAGGAAAGGAUCACCCCCUCUCCACCCAAAAAGUGCCUUCAGGCCCAUUUGGGAUGAUCCGUCGAAGCAGGCUGAUUUAGCUCCAGAGAAGGACAACAGACAAGGGUUCUUACCAAUUCCAACUACAGAGCGGCCAAACUUUCAGAACUUUAUCUCCAGCAGGGAGAAUCUAAGGCCCAUGCCAAGUCAGCAGCGAGGGAACCGUACAGCAGCCGUAAGCAGUGAGAGACUGUGGAACAGCGAGGACAGCGAGGGACCAUGCAGCACCGUUUGACUUCCAUCUCUUGCAACAAUGAAAACCAGCAAAUGGACAAAGUUUUGUAGAUACUUAAAAACCUAGACACAAUUUGGACCUUCUGUCAUAAAGGCAUCAGGCUGAAAUGCAGGAAAUUAAAAAUAAAUAUUACAUAGAUGUUUUUUGCAGAUUACAUUUCAAAUUGAAGCUAACUCAAUUAAAUAAUUAAAGGUGCAUGAUGUAAAAAUGAUGUAAGAAUGACAUCCUGUGGUCAAAUCUGGGUACUGCAGCCCAUUUUCAAAACAAACUGCUUUCUCACUACCGUUCUGUGAGUUUCAUGGCUGUUGCCAGUUACGGCUAAGCUCCAAAAUGAUGAGCUUCUAGAUGACAAGUGGUGACAAGUCAAAUAUAGUAAGUCGUUAAGUAGUUGAAUACAUUUCACUGUAAUUCACCGUUAGCGUAACAUUAGCCUCUAGCUUUCUUUACCCGAUAUUAGAGUAAAACAAAAAAAUGCUGUGGAUUCUUAAGGGUACAAGAAAUAAACUUCUGGGUUGUUCCAUGGCGGGCUCAAGCCUAAUUUAUACUUCUUCGUCUGCGUCUGGACGGAGACACGCAAUACCACUAUCCGUCCUCGCGAGCCUGCUGGAGAGAGCUCGCAAGGAAGGACGGAGUCAAGCUCUUUUCUAAACAUCUGUCUGAAGAGACGGAGAACGCAAGCUUGUGAUUGGUCAGGACAUCGUUGUGGUCAACAGCGUCGCCAUUGCCCCCUCAAAAACAUAAAGAGAGUCGAGGAUAUCUAGCAGCAGACACGGAGCAGCUUGAAGAAUACCUCGCAGAGAAACUAAAAAAAUAUGAAUGUUUGAUUCCCCCGUGACUGGAGGAGUGAAAAGAUACGCUGCAGGCGUUUUAUUUGUAGACAGAUAUGAUGGGAAGCGUGGCUUUAGAGGUGGCGAGUGCAUGAAGAGAUGGAGGAGAAGGAGGGACAAAUUUGUCCAUGUUAAAUGGUCUCUUAAAUACAAAAAACACAAUAUUUAAUGCUCUAACUUGGACUGGAUACAUGACAGGACAGCUACGCCCUCUAUUGUCCUCCCAAGGAGGAGAAGUCAGAGAGUAAUAUCUCCGUCCAUCUGUCCGUGCUUGUCUCUCCUUCGUGGAACUGUCGGAGAAGUAUAAAUUAGGCUUUAGGUCUUUUAAAAAAUGCUGCAGCUUUUUACAGGCUCAAAUGGACGCCAGGGAUUUUUCAAGAAAAUGUACAAUUUUGACAUGAUUCUUUCAAAUGGUUGUAGCUUGAAAAUGGUUUGAGAUAAAAGUAAACUGUAAAGGAGAAAAACCUUCA